AUGGAUGAUAGUUACAUCUACUCUGGAACCCUCCAUGUGUCCCUGGACAAAGUGCAGCCCCUGUACCAGGCAGCUGACCUCCUCCAACUGGACUAUGUGAGAGACACCUGCAGCAGCUACAUGGCCAUGAACGUGGGGCGCUCCACCUGUGUGGACCUGUACAAGUUUUCUGAUGUCUUCUCUGUGGACAGUGUCCAGAAACCUUGUCUGCAUUUGAUCCAUAGAAACUUUGCUGAGGUUGCCUCCAGUGAGGAGUUUUGCAGCAUGAGUGUGAAUCAGCUGACUGAGAUCAUCAGCCACGAUGAGCUGGAUGUUAAAGAGGAGACAAAAGUGUGGGAGGCUGUGGUGAGAUGGGUGCAGUACAGCAAGCAGGACAGACUGCACCACCUACCCAGCAUCCUCCCUCACAUCCGCUACAACCUGCUGACCUCAGAUGACACUGCAGCCAUCUUGGAGCACCCCCUGGUCAGGGAGGAUCCUGGGAGUUCUGAAGUCAUCAGGAAUAUGGUACAGAAAGGGAACCCUGACCUGAAGCCGAGGCUUGGGAUGACUACAGAAAUGAUUCUGAUGUACAAUUCAGACUACAAUUCCAAGGAUCUCUUUUUCAUGAACCCUCGUGAAGGGAAGUACAUCAGCUGCACGUACAAGCAAGAAGACCUCCCUCCUGCCAGAACCAUGACAGUCACCAGUGAUAAUGACAUUUAUAUCAUGCAAUCAGAAGAUAGGAAGUUAUCCCUGUUUAAAUACAACCAUGCAGAAAACGUGUGGAAACAAGUUGGUGUGUCCUCCUCUAAUGGACCAGCAGAUGACUUGUAUGAGACAAACUUUUAUGAAGUUGAUGGGGUUUUAUAUUACCUUGCUGUUAAUCCUGAGGAAGAGCGACCUUUGCUGCAGGUGAUAAAGUACAACCCGCACACGAACCAGUGGCAGGAGUGUUCACAGCUGCAACUCAGGGAAACUUUAUACCACAGUGCAACAGUGCCCUGCGGUUCACAUCUCUAUUUCCUCAGAAGUGAGGAAGUGCAUUGCUACAACCCAAGUCAGGACCAGUGGAGCAAGCGGACUCCACCUAUCGACGUUCCUGAUCCCUGUACAGCCGUUGCCAUGGGAACAAAUAUUUUCUGCAUUGAUUUUGAAUUCACUCAGACUCUGGUGUACAACACAGAGUCAGACUGUUGGCAGGUACUGCAAGGCUGGCCCAAUCCACGAAACCUUGGUAUGAAGUACCGUCCAACUCUUUUCGUAAUGGAAAACCAGCUGCAUGCACUGUUGGACGUUGAUGACCCUGACAGAGAAUGGUCACCAACAUCCUGUACGCAUCACGUAUAUGUGUAUGACAGGUCUGCUGAUGCCUGGAGAGACUUGAAGACCACCCUACCUGAUGAGAAAUAUGAUACGUAUGGUCCUCACUGCCCUGUGGCACGAUUGUACCUGCCAUAUCUUAAGGAGACAUAAAAACACAUCACUUCUACACUUUUAUUGCUAACGUGAAGGAAAGAGACACAAAAAUACACAUCACUUCUUACGUCUUUAUUGUUAAUGUGAAGGAUAAGGAAGUAGAGACUACAGAGCAAGACUGAUUGAAGACAUUUUUUUUUAGAUCUCAACAAUGAGAUAGAUAUGCUAGAUUUUAUACUUUUAGAUAGGGACAUCUUUCUUUAAGAGACAGAACUGAUGAUUUCCUAAAGUUUAACAGCAGGAAUUACUAUAUACCUUUAUCUCGAGCACAUUCCUAGUUAGUAUACUGGCAAUUUAUGGUACAUUUGGUGUGACCGGGAUACACAGAAAGAUAUGCCCUUUAUAAAACCUUUAUCAUCAUUGUACAUAUAAUUCAACUUGUAUGUUUUAUAUUUCGGUUUGUGUGUCGUGAUGAACGUUGUAUUUGUAGGUCACCUUACAAUUUCGUUUCAAAGCCAUUUGCAAAGUUACGCACAUUAGAUUAAAACCAAAGGGUUCGAAAUACACAUACUUAACUUGCAAUUUGCAUGUAAUUUUUGAGAUUUGCAUGUAAAAAUAUUCUGAACUUGCAAGCUUGCAUGCUGAAAAUACCAGGCCUAUAGUAAAAUACAGAGGACACUGUCUGGCGGGGAUCGUCACCGGUCGUCAAUAGGUGUUAUAAUUGACGUGACUAUGGUUUAAAUCUCCAAGGAGAUCCUACGAUGCCAUAAAAUAGUAUCAAAGCUCUGUCCGUGAAGCAUAGCCGGUUAAAGGGAGUGAGACGGACACCGGUAGUAGACGCACCCCUCUGCCAGCUUUUGAUACUAUCUUAUGCUACCGUACGGUCUGCUUGGAGAUUACUAUGAUUUAAAGUUAUGUACUAUGUGUAAAUUGAGUGAAUAUUGCCCUACUUUUUUUUGUAAAAUUUCGUGGUCAGAGCUUGUGAACAGGAACAAAUAAUUGUUUGAGAAAAUAAAAACGUACAUGUGUUAACAGCG